AUGGCGUCCCACCCCAGCAUCAUAGAAUUUCUCCCAACCCAUGUCUUAUCAGAAGUUUUAGCCACAGUUGCGUCUUCUUCCAUGGCCGAUCUCUGUACACUCAAAACUUGCUCCAAAGAGCUUCACAAUCUUAUUGAAGAAGACGACUUCAUUUACCAGCGGGCGUGCAUGCAGAAGCUUCCCUACAUUCCAUGGUUCAUUACACCCCCAGAAUCUUCCUUCCUGACUCGUUGCAGACAAAGCGGAAACCCAGAAAGCUUGUACAGAGAAGGAAUGGUGCAAUACUUCAGCCCUCUGGGGCUUCAUGAUUCUGGUCUGGAAAGAUUGAAGGAAGCUUCAGAGAAGGGUCACACAGAAGCAAGAUAUGUGUGUGGGAUGAUUCUGCUGUGUAGUGAGGUUGAAGAUGAGAGGAAACAAGGGGUUGAGUUGCUACGUUGUUUUCUGGGAAAACGGAGGUUUGUGGAGACAUGUAGGAAGAAGGUGGAUGCAUGUUUAAGGAUGAUGUGGAAGAACGAUCGUACUCGUACGUUGUUUGGGAAUGGUCGUCGAGAGCGUUUGUGUGGUUCCAACAUGUGCCGUGGCUUGCAAGAAAUCGCAGGGUUGGAAAGUGGGUGGCCGGGGCUUAAUGAAGAAGAUGAAGGUGUUUCAUGUGUGUUAUGCAGGUGGGAUUAUGAGUUGCGUCAGUUCUCUAAGAUAUGUUGUUGA